CUCUACAUAGUACAUACCCAUAUCUGGGUUCUCUCUCAAACUUCAUCUUCUUCCUCCUUUCCUCCUCCCAGCUCAUCCUCUUCUUUCUUCUUCUUAUUCUUUCUCUCUCUUCUCCCUUCUUCUUCCUUUCUCAAAUCCAGAUCUUUGUUUCAUCACAUAAAUUUGGGUUUGGCUCAAAUUCUUUUCUACGCUUUUCUCCUUCCUCCAAUUACAAUCAAAGGAAUCAAACGACUUUAGCAAGAAAAGAAGCAAAAAUGCAGUCAAGGCUCGCGGCAAUACCAUCUUUAAGGCUGUACCGGGCUCUGUUUACAGGCUGCAAUGAUCAGGUUCUUCCGCACAGAUUCAAUCACUAGUGUUGGAAAAAGAAUAUUCGUGUUUGGGUGUUUAUUCAAUCAAGUUGAAGAAAAAGGAAAAAAACAGUUUGUGGUGACCGUGGAUCAAACACGCGACCUUCAGAUCUUCAGUCUGACGCUCUCCCAACUGAGCUAUCCCCGCUUGUGUGCUGUGUCAAUUUAUAAAUUUGUUUUUAAGCUUAAGUUAGUAUUUUUUAUUUUUUAGUUUUUCGAAAUUGCAAAUUUGGGUGUAUUUUGUUUGGUGAGUAAUCCAAAUUGAGCCGAGCUUCUACAAAGAUCAAAGGAAACGAUAUUCGCAGCGGUGGCCGGUGAGACGGCGAGGUGUUAGCUAUGAUUUCGCAGUUCUUUGUGCUGUCGCAGAGAGGCGACAACAUCGUCUUUCGUGACUAUCGGGGUGAGAUGCAGCAGAAAGGAAGUGCAGAGGAGAGUCAGAACUUUCUGGAUGCCAUUGGACUUGACAGUCCCAAGCGCGUGGUCGAUCUUCAUUCUCUUAUUAUCACGAACUUCUUCAUAUCGUUAAUUUAUGUGAUGAAACUCAGAUCUGGGUCUGAGAAAAAUCGAGAUCUGGGUCUGAGAGAGGAAGAAGAAGGGAGAAGAGAGAGAGAGAAAGAAUAAGAAGAAGUAAGAAGAAGAAAGAAGAAGGAUGAGCAGGGAGGAGAAAAGGAGGAAGAAGAUGAAGUUU